GUGUGACCGUACACACGGUUGAUCCGCUUAAGGCUUAUUGAUGCAAAGUGUUUGGGAGGGGGGCGAAAUAACUUUAUCUCGAAUUCUGAGGUUAAAAUCGAAUUAAAAAACGCUGCUAGUUUCGUCCUCGCCCGGAAAUAAGAGAAAGGUAAUCAGUUAGAGAAACGCUUUAGCGAGAAGGUGGGUCGAUAGCGGAUCAAUAAGCAUUUCGCCAAGAUAAUGUACACGGCGGCGAGUACCUUCCCGAGAUGUCAGGUACAGGGAGACAGAUGCGAACGGCGGCAGAGGUCGAAGUGUUAGAUCUAAGUAAAACGGACAAGGGUUGGGGAUAUCACAGGUCGAAGCCGUUCCCGCAUUUUAACGGCUUCGCUCGGAAGGAGAAACUACGGACAGAGGAACUUAUUGCAAGCGUGUACAUGAGAAUGCCUGCUAUCAAGAAGGAGCGAGCCGAUGGGGAGAUGGUCACUCGGGGGCUGCUGGACAGUCUCCCCGAAUAUCUGGCCCCUCUGUCCAUCCCAAUGGUGACCCCACACCCUACGCCUUAUGAGCACAUCUUCACUCGGCGCCAGCGUGCCUUCCUGGGUCUCCCCGAGGCUACCCACCCAGGCGACCUAAUGCUAGAACGCUUCCAUUCCAUCCCCGAUUUCCAGCCCAUCUUUGACAACGGGGAGCCCUGCAUCGAAGUGGAGUGCGGCGAAAACAAAGCCCUCCUCUACAUUCACAAGCUGUGCCAAGGUAGCAAGGGACCCUCCAUCCGCUACAGGGGCGAGUGGCUGACCCCCAACGAAUUCCAGUUCGUCAGCGGCAGAGAGACAGCCAAGGACUGGAAGCGGAGCAUAAGGCAUAAAGGGAAAAGUUUGAAGACACUUAUGUCAAAAGGAGUCUUACAGGUACACCCUCCAAUCUGUGACUGCCCGGGCUGCCGAAUUUCGUCUCCGGUGAAUCGGGGACGCUUGGCUGAAAAGAGAACAAUUCCUUUGCCGCCAACAAGAGUACCCAAGAAAGAGCUACCCUCGGCUUUUACCCAUAGUGAAGAUAGUGAAGAGAGCGAGAAAGCAAAUGGUGGCCACCCUCCUGAGGUAAAACAGGAAGAGGAGUUUCAGGCUAGCACCAUGAAACGAAGAUUGGACGCUUAUGGCCAGCAGAGAGAGGAGAUUUUCAACCCAUCAAUCUGUACUUCUUUGCACCCAGAUCCCAGAGGUGAAAGCCGUGAAAGUGAUCUCUCAACCAUCAUUUCCAACUUGCAUCAGAGCAGACAGCUCGUUAUGCCAGAGAGUCGGAAUGAGAUAAAGAGAAACGGUGUUGACUUGCUCCCGGGACAGGCAGAUGAAAUUUUAGGAAAACGAAGAGUAUGUUCACCAACCAACAACAGUGAGUGUCCAGAAGUCAAGAGGCGAAGAAGUGAAUCACCAAAGGAAAAGUGUCAGACUCCGCUAAUUGAGGAGCAGAUUAUUCAGAUGACCCCUGAAGAACACUACAGGCGAAUGAUGUCCGCGCUGAAUGAUCACGGGACAUAUGAGGAGCAGCAACAACGCCUAUAUCAACUGGCCAAUAGUAUGGGCAUGCCAACCCAUGGAGAUCUGCUGAGAGUUCGGCAAGAGGCAGCCAGCGCCGUCCGCACAUCUGGUGCCAUGGAGGCUCACAUCCCGUCAUCGAGCAGUUCGUCGAGUCAGAGGAGGAAGCAGGGGCUCCCCCAGCACAGGGACGCACAUUUUAAUGAGAGAGAAAUGACGCACACAAACCCUCUACUUUCACCGCAGAACGCUCCUCACAUUGCUCUCGGACCCCACCUCCGGCCCCCUUUCCUCGGAGUGCACUCAUCCCUGUGCCAGACUCCAGGUUACAGCUUCCUGCAGCCUGCCCAAGCUGAGAUGUUCGCACGGCAACAGGAGAUGCUACGGAAACAGAACCUGGCAAGAAAAGUCCCAGUGAUCCGAUUGGCAACUGCAAAGGAACAACACUGGCUGGAAAUGUCCGCAGAACUUCUGCGGCAGAAGGAGUUAGAGAACAUGCACCGGCAGCGGAUUCUGGGAGCCGACCCCUUGUCCCUCCACCCCGGCUUGCCACCUGACCAUCCUGCCCUGCGCAGCAUCCACGACAUUCCCGAGGGCCAUCCGCUGCGGGAGGAGCUAUCGCGCCGGAACGCCAUGCUGGUUCUGAGGCACAGCACGGCCCCCCUGCUGUCAGUGAACCACGCCAUCCCCAGCAGCGCCCCUCCCAAGGAGCCGGGCCGUAAGGGCGCCAGGAAGGCGGGUCACCACAGGACGGACGUGCAGUGCGCCGGCGAGUUCAAGGAGCACGGUGAGGGCCGGGUCCGGGAUUCCGUGGCCGAGGGCAAUGACGAAGAGAUGAAGGACUCAGAGAGCGACCUGGAGGGGAGCGACGACAAGCCGGAGAACCUGAAGGCCGAGGUGGUUGGGUCAACCAACGAACUCAAGGAAUGCAAGGACACAAUGAGGCCGGGUGAGGGCAUCAAGGAGAUGCGUGAGCCUGUGGUCAGUCAGAACCCACCCUGCGUCUCUGUGGGAUCUGACUCUCCAAGUCAUCUCCUGGGCCCCGGAAUCAACGAGGGCAAAGCAAAGUACCUCCCUCCUGCCCCAGCUCCCCUCCCACAGCCUCUUCCGUUCGGAUUCCCAUACACCGCAAAUCCUUACUUCCAAACAGGCAGCAUUGGAAGCCUCCUCCUGGAUGCGGAGGACGGCGCUUCAGUGGAGGACAUCAGCAAGUGGACGGUUGACGAUGUCUGUAGCUUCAUCACCAGUCUCUCUGGCUGUGCAGAGUACACUCAGGUGUUCAGAGAACAGGCGAUUGAUGGAGAAACGUUACCCCUGCUAACAGAGGAGCACUUACUGAACACCAUGGGGUUGAAGCUGGGACCAGCACUAAAAAUAAGAGCACAGGUUGCCAAAAGGAUCGGGCGGGUUUUGUACAUGGCCAGUUUCCCGCUGGCAAUGCCACUCCCGCCAUCGGCACUGAGACCACCCGAGAGGGACCUCCCUCCCGCCGAGAACCGCCCCUCGUCCACCGGCAGCGUGGCCUCACCGUAUGGCAACAUCCAAGCCAGCCGCAUCUCACCGAAGCAGGAGAACGGCAAUGCCUCUGCUGUGGGAAUCAGCGACAUCGGCAAGCCGCAGUUGUGAUCACGGCGGCUGCUCGAGCUACAGAAGUGAACGCGCCAUUUCACAAAACCAAAGUAUUUAUUUGGAGCGCCAACUUCAUUGGUUGACUGCAUUUUCUUGAAAACAAAUACUCGGCUUUCUCAAUACAUUAAGUAGAGACUCCUUUCCUUCAAGACUUCAGUCUAUUCUAUAAAGCAACAGAAUCCACAGCAAAGAGCCUGCAAAAAUUGAUGGCAAGAUACAAGGGGACAGGGUUGGAAAGAAGAGUUCAACCAGGCCUGCCUCCCACAAAGCAAAGGAGCUGCAGUUUCUGCUUCAAGCUGCAAGAUGUUGUGCAAACUCUUUUUCCUUUUGUUACGCAGAAAUGAAACGCAGAGGAAGCGGGAAUAAAAUACCCAGAACAGUGCACUUGUACCAAAAAAAAAUUCCAUCACAGACCUAAAUAUUCAGUGUAAAAAUAACAGAUUUCACAAGCACUCAUUUUGACAAGGAGCUUGAGGUAUGGCAGUGUCUAUGCAUUUGUCCAGUGCUAAACCAAAGAUGAUGGUUAUUGGUCUGUGUUUACAAUACAUUUCUGAAUGGUACAGUUAUUUUAGUUUAUUUUUCUUUGCCUAUUGGACACAGUUUAAAAGUGCCUCACUGUAGAGGUUUAAUCACUACUUGCACAACCUGUAUACACACACACACACACACACACGCACACAUACACACACACACACACCCCCACUUGACAGGACCUUGGGUGCACAGGUAACAGAGUUUAUUUAAAAAUGACCAUUUCUAGAUUUGUGGUUAUCCAAUACCUGUACAGCAAAUUAUUUGAACAAAACUAGUUACGGAACACAUUUUGGUACUCAUCUUGUUUUUUUUUCUUCUGUUGUUGUGUAGUUGCACGUUUCUGAAUUUUUUCGGGUGGGAGGGAAACGGGGUUGGAAGUGUAAACUGCUAAGGGAAGUUCCUUGUCUUUAUUCAUGCUGGAUGAACAUUAAUUGUUGCUUUAAAGCAAUCAACAUAAUUGGAGAUUUACGUUAUUUAUGGAGAUUUUGUUUGUAGGUUGAAUACUGGUUAGCGCAAUAUAUAGAGAGUAAUAUUCACCCAUAAAAGGGUGAUAAAUAAGUCAGAAAAAAAAUUUAAAAAAUUGUUGUUCCUUUAUAAGGUUUUGGCCGUUGUGUCAAACUAUCAUUUAUCUUCCUGCAGUGGUAAACAAUGAGAAUAUGGUGAUUUGUAAAAUAAUUUUAGCCUAUUUGUUGAUUUGCUUUCAUUCUGGUCUUUCACUUUUCGUGAAA